GUGCGUGCGCUGUAUUUACUCUGGACAGCCCCGCCCUGCAACAUGACAUAGAAAACUGCAAGGAGUCAGUGGAGGGAUGAAACCAGAGGAAGGAGAUGUAGCAGACAGCCGCAGACGCACGACUCCUCUUUGAGCGUACACCUCUGUAGCAUCAUCACUUUCCCCCCAACUCCCCCGAGCUCAUUUGUGCUGCGUCGGAGCUUCAUGGCCGCGACAUUGACGAUGAACGGCGGCGGGGGGCAGGAGGAGCCCUUCUAUACGCUGCAAAAGUCUGGUCUACCGGUGGGUUUUCCUCUGGAGGACUCCGCGCUGUUCGGCUUGGACUCCAAGAUCCCGGACACAGACAAGAGCGGCCAAAACGACUACUCGCAGACAAAGUGUGAACUGGACAGGUAUCUUUCUUUUCUUCAACCAUCAGGAGACGGCCAGCAAAAGCCCACCCGAGAGCCCGUGUCUGUGAUGGACCAGUUCUUCAGUGAUGAUCAGACAGGUGCCCCCUAUACUCUCAACAUGAACCUGUAUCUCCAGGACGUUGCCUAUUUGAGAAUGGGCUUGUGUCAGCAGGUACGGCUGCCUCAGGACCAAAACCACUCCACUGUGCCCCAAAUCAAAACAGAGCCCACUGCCCAGUGCUUCUCUGCUCAUCUCCCCCCUCAGUGCCCCAGCAGCACCAGUAACUGCAGCCCCGGACAUGCUGCCAGUGGGAUGCCUAUGGACAUGACAGGUUUACCAGACUUUAGUGUUUUUAACAACUCUCGAAAUGUUUGCAACGGUUCAGGCUCUGAGGUGUUUAUUAAACAAGAAAUGCCCCCUCAGUUUGAACAACAUGCGCUCCACGACAACGGCAGCUCUCUGUUUCAGCUUCUGAACUCCGGUCUGGAACAUCACCAUGGAAACAUUAUGGAACAUCAUCAUUCUCAGAUGCCCACAGGACCAUCACCUAUUCACACACCUUACCACGAACAGCAGAGUACGAAGCCUGAAUAUUGUGGCCUUAACAACGGGUCAUACACACGUCCUGGUGCCCACACACACCCCCGUUUCCUCCAGCAGCCCGCCUACCUGCCCCCCUCCCCACCCAGCUCCGAGCCUGGCAGUCCUGACAGGCAAAAGGAGCUGCUCCACACAUUGUCUCCCCCUCCAUCAUAUGCUGCCUCCAUCGCCUCCAAGCUUGCAGGGAGCAGCCCUGGCCUGGGCCACAGCCCUGGUGCUAACCUCUCCCUGCCUCAUCACUCUCCUGUGCCCGGGCCAGCUCCAUCAGGACCCCCUCAAGCACCACAAAGCACUCCAGCUCCCUCUCAGACCACCAUGCCAGUCAGAUAUAACCGGCGGAACAACCCUGAUCUUGAGAAAAGAAGGAUUCACCAUUGUGAUUACCCAGGCUGCAAGAAGGUUUACACCAAAUCAUCUCAUCUGAAAGCCCAUCUCAGAACACACACGGGUGAGAAGCCGUACCGGUGCACAUGGGACAGCUGUGACUGGCGCUUCGCUCGCUCAGAUGAACUUACACGGCACUACAGGAAACACACCGGAGCGAAGCCUUUUCAGUGCGCUGUGUGCUCGCGCUCCUUCUCCCGCUCGGACCACCUUGCCCUGCACAUGAAGAGGCAUCAGAACUAGUGUUACAAACACCACCACCCUGGUGCUGCUACCAUGAUACUAGAACUGUUGAUCUUAAUCAAAAAUGGAAGUUUAGGAACAAUAACAAUGGCCAGAUUGACUUCUAGGCUCUUAAUUCGUAGAUGCAUUUGCUUUUGCAAUACUACCAGUCAAAGCAAACUGUGUCACCAAAUGUCUCCAUAGACUGUUUUUAUGACUGGAAUGAAAGCACUUACAUAUUUUGUAUAUUUUAAUUUUGAUCAGGCUUUUUUAUUUUUUUAUAUUUAAAUAAAACUUUUAUCAGACUAGCCAAACCAAAUCUUUGUUUACCUUCAGGUUUGUUAGUUUGUUUAAAUAACUGGAAAAUUCAAAUGUCUAUAUUUUCCUUUGGUUUGCACUAAAAUCUGUAAUUACAUAGGCCUUGUCGAUACCCAAGUUUCUCUUUCACCAGUGAAUGAUCAUUAUCACUAACGGACUGAAUUUCACAAGAGCACUCAAAUCACCCCACGGCAGACAUAAAUCACUGUUGUUCUGAUAUUAAAAAUUGAAGGCUUUGAUACUCAGGAGAGAUAGAGAAGGGAGUCCGAGAGGGGAGAGCUCAGAGUGGGAAAGAUUUUUGAUUUUAGAUGGAUCUGAGGACGACUGCGAAGGAAGAUGGGAGAGAGAUGGUUGUUAAGAGCAGCAAUUAGCGAUUAAUUAUUUAGUUUGUCUUUCACUAGAUGUCCACGCUGGGAAAAUGUCAACAGAAACCUUAGACAUACAGUCUUCAUUGAUAUAAUUGAGAUCCCAAAGUCAUUCGAAUAAACUUCACAUUCUAAAGUCAAAACCAUCUGAUGCUAUUGCAUGUUGGUAGUAUGAGACAAUACUGUAGAUUAAGCGCUAUACACAAGGCAGUAGACAGGAGAGGAUAAAGGGGUAUGUUGUCCUGGGCCCCAGGAUUUUAGGGGCCCAGAAUUUGACUCACUUCCUAUUAAUUUAUAUUAGAGGGGGGGGUCCCAUGUGUGGCUUCUUCCCCUGGGCCCCCAAAUCUCUGUCGACGGGCCUGGCUAUACAUUAUUGUUGUUAAUUGAAUUGAUGGAAGAGUUUAAUGUGGCAAGAUGGCAAUGAUCACGUUUUAUGCAAUGUGGAAGCCUCUCUCUCUAAUCUCCUGUUUAUAUCUGGAGAUUAUUAAAAAAAGAAGGGACUAUGUUUAAAGAAGAUAACAUUUACUGUAGUUUUUUUUUGUUUUGUUUCUUUUAAACCAAAGUAUCAGCUCAUGCAUCAAGAACUUUUAAGUGCCUCCUGUGUUUCAUUUCCGUGGUAGCAGAUUUGAGAGGAUUUUUAAAAUGUGGUGCUGUAAAGUGAUGGCUCUAGGUUACUUGCUCAUCCUGGUACGAACUUGGUACAAUUUUAAAUGUUCAUUGCAUUUCUAAUAAGUAGAAAAAAACUGACUGUCUACUAACUUGUAUUGGGUUUUUGUGGGCCAAUUUGAAAUGGACAGCUAAUUGUGUAGUUUGGGUCCCCAUUAAAACUGUACAUGUUUCGUCACUGCAGGUAGUAUAAAGACAAUAUCGCACUGUAAUGUUUAUUAAUAAAUCUGAUUAUUUAUUUGAUAGUGUAGAAGUGGGGGUGCAUCAGAUACACUGUCUUUCUCCCCAGCAAAAAUGCCUUAAUGUAAAUAUAUGCACUGUAAAUACUAUUGAUUUUUGUUGAAGCUCUUUUGUCAUAUGAUUUUCUAAACAAAAGGGCAAAAGUUAAAACUGCCCUGCAUCCAAAAAAUUGAGCCCUAUUUUGUCUUUUUCUUGUCUAAAAUAUUUUGAUGCCAUUGUUUUAUAUUGUCCUUAAAGCAAUUUAUUUUGUAGAUUCUUCUUCUUCCAUGGUAAAACGUUCCAAAGACAAAAGUUGUUUUUCAUCAACUGAGUGAAUCUGAUCCUAAUAAAGUCAACUGACACUUUUUA